AUGGCGGACGCUACGAAAAUGGAAGCCAUCCAGGCGGAAGACGCCACCAAGAACCAGGUUGAGGCGACGACUGAGCUCCAAAAAACGCAGACAGUCGACACGAUUCAUAAUGAUGAGGCUAUGAAAGUUCUUGCCAAUUACACGGGCGAUGAAACAUGGACUGAGAAGGAGGAGCAGAACGUAAAGAGAAAGAUUGAUCGGCGCCUCCUCCCUAUUCUGUGUGCUACGUAUGGGUUACAGUACUACGACAAAGCUAUGCUGUCGCAAGCGGCUCUCUUCGGGCUUCGCACGGACCUGGACCUUGAAGUCGGGAAUCGCUACUCCUUCUCCGCUUCAAUCUUCUAUCUCGGCUUCAUCGUCGGCGCAUAUCCUGCCAUCGUCCUGGCUCAACGCUUCCCUAUCGAGCGAGUAGCUUCGGGGAUCGUCUGUGUAUGGGGUAUUUGCCUGAUGUGCACGGCGGCAUGCCAUAACUGGCAGAGCCUCUACGCUCAGCGGUUCUUCUUGGGAUUCUUGGAGUCUGGGAUCAGCCCCAUGUUCAUGCUUGUUGUGGGGCAGUUUUACAAGAAGAACGAGCAGGCUUUGCGAAUGGGAGCAUGGUACUGCUGCACUGGUUACGUCUCCAUCGUCUCUCCGCUCAUCAAUUAUGGUCUGGGCCACAUCCACGGCGCUUUGUCUCCCUGGCGAUACAUGUACCUCGUUGCCGGCGCUCUCACCAUCCUCUGGUCUGUGGUUAUCCUGUUCUUCAUGCCGCCUGACCCCAUUCGUGCCAAAGGAUUCGACGAACGAGAGCGUUUUAUUGCUGUCGCUCGCCUGCGGACAAACAACGCAGGCGUCCGCAACAAGCACUUCAAAAAAGAGCAACUCUUCGAACUACUCCUGGAUGUGAAGUUUUGGAUCGUCUUCUCCAUGGCCUUCUUGAUUAUGAUUGCGAACGGGCCUGUCAGCACGUUUACGCCAAUCAUUAUUGCGAGUUUUGGGUUUAACACCCUAAACUCGCUGUUGCUGGUCAUGCCGGCGGGCGCAAUCAUUGGUACGAUCGAAUGGGUUGCCCCGUACAUUGCGUACAAAGUACCCAGGAUGAGGGCGUAUCUUGUGAGCAUCUGUGAGAUCGGAACAAUACUGGCGAGCCUCUUGCUGUGGCUGUUGCCGAGAGAUAGCACCGGCGGUCUGUUAUUCGGGGCAUACGUCUUGGCGAGCUUCGGAGGUGGGUAUGCAGUGUUGAUGGGAAUGCAGAUCGCGAACACGGCUGGGUACACCAAGCGGUCCCUGGCUUCAUCUGGGAUAUUUGUCGGGUAUUGUCUUGGCAAUUUUGUUGGCCCCCUUCUCUUCAAACCGGAAGAUGCUCCCCGAUAUGCUCCGGGUUUCCUAGCUGUGGUCAUCACUUCCGUGAUCUCAGCGCUACUGUCGAUCGUGUAUCGCAUGAUUUGUGUCUGGGAGAACAAGAAGAGAGACAAGGCCGGUACGCUAGAGGCGUUUGAGCAUGCCUACGAGGAUGAUUUGACGGACAAGAUGAACCCCCAGUUCAGGUAUACACUAUAG